AUGUCGAAACCGACGAAUGGCAUUUUGCAAUCGGAACGCGCGGUGAGGGCACUUUGUUUCGCUGGCACGAGUGUCCGAAUCACGCCCGCAGGCGACCGCGGGGUGAGCGCCGGACGCGGGGAGGGGCGGGCGUCUGGCUCGAGCCCGCGACCGUGGGAACGCUCUGCCUUUAACGCGUCGCACGUGCUCGAGACGCUACUAACGCGCGCGCCACGCCACGGGUGCGAAAGAGACGGAGCACGCAGAAACAAGCCGAGAGAUAAGGAAACACGAUCCGAA